AUGAUGAUAAGGACGGCAGAAUUUCCAUACUACGAAGACAGACAAAUGCAAAUAGUAUCGUUGCCGUUGAAAAAUUCUGAAAUGGAAAUGUUAAUCAUUUUGCCAAAGGAGAUAUUCGGACUAGAAGAUUUUGAAGCAGAACUUACAGGAGAGAAACUAUUCAAUUACAUUGACAAACUUGUUGUGUCAGGCAAUGUUACGGUUAGAAUGCCAAAAUUCACGUUUAAAAAUAAGCUAUAUUUGACAAGUGCACUGAAGAAGAUGGGAAUGCGAUCAAUGUUCGAGCGAACGGCUGAUUUUUCCGGCAUUUCUAAUAAAAAAUCACCGACGUUUAUUGAUGUUUUAAACAUAGCUCAUAUUAAGAUUAAUGAAAAAGGAAUCAACAACAAAACUUCAUGCAUCUCAAUAGAUGAUGUUGUGGCAAUCGGAAAUGGCGAACAAUUUAUUGCCGAUCAUCCGUUUCUCUAUGUAAUUAUUAACAACCGCGAGACAAUUCUGUGGAUGGGUCGUUUUGCUCCAAAAAAAAGAGAAAUGAUUGUCGAAAACUUGGAGAAAGUUGUGGAAAUCAAGGAAAUACUGAAAAAGAAGGAAAAAUAA